AUGGGGGUGAGCGUGACUAUCCUAGCCUACAACAGAUUCUACAUGAUAACCAAGGCUAGAACGGAUUACAAUCGAUUGUACACGCACAGGAAAAUGGCGAUCAUGAUUGACAUCACUUCAUUUUCGAUCGCCGGCUUCAACGUCGUAUUAGCGGUUUCGGGACUUGCCAAGUUUGGACUGGACGAAGGUAUAUGCUCCCUUGUCAAAGGCAACCCGCAUUCGUACACAGCAGGGGCAUGGCUUGUGAUGUGCCUAGUCCUGAUCGUCAUCUGCUACGUCAAAAUCUACCAACAUGUCAAGCGCCAUCUGCGUCGCAUAGGAUCUGAGGAGCAUGCUGAAAACGGUGCGACGAACAGUCCGAUGGACGAUACAUCGAAGGCCCCUGGUGUCCACGACGAUCCAAAAUCGGUCAGAGGAGAAUUCGCACAACGCCAGCGGGAGCUCGAAUCGAAGAUCACCACGAAUAUGCUGAUCAUCAUCGUCCUCUUCUUCCUCUGUGGGACACCGUCCAUCGUCAUCCUCUUCGUAUCCGAGGAUUACGAAGUAAGUCCCAUGACCCUCGCCAUCAUUGCAUUCAACAGUUGCGUCAACCCGAUCGUGUAUGCUUGGAAACAUUCGGUGUUCAGACACGUGUUCAAAUGUAUCGUGACUCGAAAUAUCUCUGGAAUUAAAGAGCCGACCAGGUGGGCCCGUUCGCUCUUUCUAACGAAUUCAUAA